UCUUUUCUCUCACUUCGAAGGACACGUUUGAGAAUUUAGAUUGAUCAAGAAACGCAGAAGUUAGAACACUGUUUUCAUACGCCUCACUGUGUUGUCCCUUAUUUUAGCGACACUCCAGAAAGCAGAAUUGAUCGACCCCAGUCACUGUCCCAUUGGUUGUAAGGACAGGAGGAGACUGAAGUCUCCAUGUGCCAGCCUGUGCCCGUAUCCCUGGUGGUUUAACUAAAUAGCUUUCUGUCUUCAUUCUUCCUAUCUUCUAUUCUUUGCUGCAGUUUUUUUUACAUUAUUCGUAAGCAGAAAUGCUCAAGGUGUAUGGAAGGAAACUAGUUUUAUUUGCCAAUGGGCUGCGAUUUUCCCUCCUGGGUUUUGCCCCCCUGCCGUUCCCCAGGCGAAUGCGCGAUUCCGGACACCACCCCACAACCCCCAAGCCCAGAUUGUGUCCGGCCUGAUGUGGGGGUCACCGCCGGCUCCCGGAGCUCCGGGUCGGCUCCCCCGGCUGCAGCAGCGAGGUGAGUGUUCCAGGCUACUCGGAGCCCAUUGACAGGGAGAUGUCAGUGUGACCCGCAUUCUGCGAAAUGGUGGAAUUAUUGGUAUUCAGUCAAGUUCAUCGUCGUCCAGGCCUUUAAUCAGGCCAGAUUGAUAGAGACCGAGGGAGCUACUCUCGAAUUCGUCCACCCCUCCCGAACAAGGCACUUUAACUUUCAGCUCUCCAAACCGAGCCGCUGCCCAGCUGGAGUGGGAUAAAUCGGAGGGAUUCAGGUACCAAGAGAAACCCAACGGGUUUACCCUGGGUUAAUUCACCAGCAUGAUGUCCUAUAUGAAGCAACCACACUACGCAGUUAAUGGACUGACACUCACUGGCCCUGGUAUGGAUCUCUUACACUCUGCAGUUGGCUAUCAAACCACUCCGAGGAAACAGCGCCGGGAGAGAACGACCUUCACCAGAGCGCAGCUCGAUAUUUUGGAAGCGCUCUUUGCCAAGACCCGCUACCCUGACAUCUUCAUGCGGGAAGAGGUGGCUCUGAAGAUCAAUUUACCCGAAUCCAGAGUCCAGGUUUGGUUUAAGAACCGUCGUGCGAAGUGCCGCCAGCAGCAGCAGCAGAGCAGCGGCCAAGCUAAGGCACGGCCGGCCAAAAAGAAGACCUCUCCGACACGGGACGCCAGCUCAGAGACCAGCGCCAGCGGCCACUACAGCCCAACACCGGCAGGCACGGCUGGCAGCGCCAGCUCCAUCUCCAAUGCCAACGUGUCCAUCUGGAGCCCAGCCUCCAUCUCUCCGAUCCCAGACCCGCUCUCCUCAUCCGCCACCUCGUGCAUGCAGCGUUCCGCCGCCUAUCCCAUGACCUACAGCCAAGCCCAGGGGUACAAUCAGAGUUACGCCGGCUCCUCUCCCUACUUCAGCGGCCUGGACUGCGGACCGUACCUGUCCCCCAUGCACCCACAGCUGCCCGCCCCAGGGGCUGCGCUGAGCCCUCUGAGUACCCCGACCAUGGGAGGUCACCUGAGCCAGUCUCCGGCCUCCCUGUCCGCCCAAGGUUACGGCUCGGCCAGCCUGGCUUUCAACACCGUCGAGUGCCUGGACUACAAGGACCAGAGCUCCUCCUGGAAGCUGAACUUUGGCACCAGCGACUGCUUGGAUUACAAGGACCAAACCUCCUGGAAGUUCCAGGUCUUGUAAAUCCGAGCUGGCCGAGAUGCCACGAAAGCUCGGGGCUGACCCAAAUCCAGUUUCGAGAUGGGGGCUGUGGGUGAUGGGCUAGUUGGGGGGAAGCCACCAAGCCGCAAAAAAAAACCAAUCACUUUGUCAAGGUUGGAGGAUGGGUUACUGUAACUUGUUUUACCAUUAAUAACUCGGCUGGGGUGGGGGGGGGGGCAGAAGGAAGGAUUUUUUACGUUAAAAGCUAAAUGGAGGGAGGGACAAGUAAAUUCAAUCAAAUGGAACAACUUUGCAAAACCUUCAAUGAGGACAGAAACCUUCCCCUUCAGUGGGAUUUCUACCGCCCCCUCCCACUUUCAGAUAAACACUCUUAUUUAUGAAUUCUGGGGAAUUAACGAGCUGGGGAGGGAAAGUGCAGUGUGAGUGCAUUUUCUUUUUCUUUUGCAUUUUGUUCCUGUUAUUGUUGGGAAGAUGUACAUGUAAACACCUAAUCAGCCGAUGCAGCACAUCCACUUAACCCUUCAAUACCCACCCUCAGAAAUAUUAGCAGCUGUUGUGUUAGGGAGAGGGAUCUGGGAUUCUCUGUAAUGAGAUGAUCCAACCUCAGAGACACUGGACACAUCUGACCACAUUUCCCCCAAUCCCACCUCUCUCUCCCUCUCACUUAGUCUUUGCAAUUUCCUCUUUAAACUUUUUCCUUUUGGGAGUUUAAAUGAGGAAAUGUCUGGGCAGAUUCACAAACCUGGUUCACAUGGAUUAGCUGUUUGUUUUUUUUCAGGGAAUUGACAGAAUGGAGCGACUGUAUUCCGCCUGUCUCUGUAGGACACAGUCAGAUGGUCCUCACCAUCUCCAAUUUGUGGGAGGACGACUGUGAAUUUGUAUUGUAUCUGGAACCACCUUCAGUCACCAUAUCUGAAAGCAUUAGCCCUAAUUACCCUGUGGACGGAUUAUAAUGGGGUGACACUCCAUGGAGAAGGAGGCUUUGUUCUCUGAUUACAAAUCUACCUCUUUGUCCAUGGUUCAGAGUGCAUGUGUGUAUCUGAGCGCGUGUCUGAGCGCACGUCUGUCUUUCUGAGUGUAUGUUCAUGCGUGUGUGUGUCUUGAGUGUGGGUGUCUAAGUGUGUGCUUGUGUGUGUGUAUGUCCGGGUGUGUGUGUAUGCAUGUGUGUGUGUGUAUGUGUAUCUGUGUGUGUCUGUGAGUGUGUGUGAGUAUGUUUGUGUGUGUCUGUGUGUGUGGUACUGGAUUACACUUCACUGUCAAUUGUUUGGCCAUUUCUGAGCUGGGACGUUUUAACCACCCAGUUUGUGUGACAGAAGUUACCUCAAUAUCAGAAUAAACCAAACAGCACUCAGACAGAACAAAGGGGCCUUCAGUCUGGCUGGACAGCUACCUUGAUUGGUCUGAUCGAAAUCAGGAAGCACUGAGAUCAGAAACACGCCCCAUCACUUCUAAAUUAAUCUGGAAAUGCAAGGGUUGUGGGGAAGGCCAGGAUUUAUUGCUCCUUGAGAAGGUGGGGUUGAGCUGCUCUCUUGAACCACUGCAGUCCAUGUGCUGUGGGUUGAUCCAGAAUGCCCUUAGGGAGGGAAUUCCACGAUUUUGACCCAGUGACAGUGAAGGAACGGCGAUAUAUUUCCAAGUCGGGAUGGUGAGUGGCUUGGAAGGAAACUUGGAGGUGGUGGUGUUCCCAUGUAUCUGCUGCCCUUGUCCUUCUAUAUGGAAGAGGUCAUGUGUUUGGAAGGUGCUGUCUGAGGAUCUUUGGUGAAUUUCUGCAGGGCAUCUUAAAGACAGUAGACACUGCUGCGAGUGAACGUUGGUUGUGGAGGGAGUGGGAUGUUUGUGGAUGUGGUGCCCUUACCCUUCCAGAUGUUGGGAAUCACUGGUUUACAAAAUGCUGCCAAGGAACCUACUGCAGCGUCUUGCCAUAUUUGAAAAGCUAAGUCCUACUUUCUUCACCACAUAGUAACAGUUUGGAGUGCCAUCCUCCACCAACUGCAUUGCCUGUUGAUCAUGGAGCUGCCCUGGUUCUGUUCACUGGAUUCACUGCACCGACCAGCAGGGCUAUAGGUCAGGAUGGUGGUGUGAGGUGGUGGGGUUGCACGGAGUUAGUAUUGAGAGCUCCCACCUCUGGCUGGAACCCAGUUCCUUCAGCCAAAAGGCAGAAUAAGAACAGACCCGAAGAUAGACCCUUGCCUUGGCUUUGCACAGCACCCACUUCCCUGCAGUGGGCCUUUGUUAACUACUGAGCCAUAUGACCUCAACUGUAGUGGCUUCCAGCCAAUGGAAGUCCCUCAAGACGUGUAUCAAGCCCAGAAGCAGUGAAUAUAUUUUUCUGUGAUUCUGGACUUGUCUUUCGGAUGCUUUAAGAGGCUGAUUGACAUUGAAAGUCAGCACUGAGAGCUUUGCUGCCGAGGUGCGCUCAAUGAUUAAGCAACCACAUGUUCCACCAAUGGGUGAGGAUAUCUCCCGAGGAGCAGCGUCUUUAGCAGGAAUCCCUUGCCUGCGGUGCGCCGCUGAUUGUACAUGGUAUUCUUGACCUCUAGGCUGCAGGAGGAAGAAGUGGGUCAGGUGCCCAAGCCCCUGCCAAGGCGAGCAUGCCGAGUGUAAGAAUAAGAUUCAGACCUGAGCUUGUGUGAAGUCUACUUUAGGGAAGUUGGUACCUUUUGCCCAGCAGCUUGAGUUGUUGGUGGGGGAUGGACCUACAGUACAAGUUACUAUAGGAUAUGGGAAUGAAAAAUGGGACCAACUCUCCAAAACCCUUUUCUUGGAAUAUUUUCCAUGCUGGCCGCUUGGCCACCAGUGCCUGGGAUCUUUCUUUGUUGAUUUGUUGAUCUCCAUCUUAUUUCCAUGUCCUCUUGACCGAAACUGGAGAUUUAUCCUUUCUGGGAUCACCCAUGUGCCAAGGGCAGGCAACGCUGUACAUCUUGCCAUGAAGAUCUGGACUUGGAGAAUGGCAGCUCUCAGUGAGUGACCGUCAGUGGACCAUGAAACACUAUCCCUGAGGAAGAAACAUUACCCUCUCUCCUGACACUGGGUGAAGAUAGAACUCACAGUGUAGUCCAAGGGGAGUUGUUGCCUUUGGAGAAAUUGGGGAAGAUCUGGGCUAAAAGAAUCUAGUGACAGUCCAUUGGGAAGUUGGAGUUAAAACUGUCUCUGAUUGCACUCCUUUUCAGCGUGAGUUUGCUACGGGAGAUUUAUCACUGAUCUGUCACACAGCCAGAAAUGGCCAAAUAUUUGCAUUGGUCAGAUUCCUUUCCACCUUCUGCCUCCCCCAAGCAGUUUUAAUUUCUCUGGUCUCCCCGCUGCUUGGUAGCUUUGUGUCCUGUCACUUAUCGCUAUUUGUGGGGAUCGAAUUCACAGCGAGUGUUAUGAAACAGGUUAGUGACCGCCACGCAGAGGGCACUGAGCCGCAGAAGUUGGCAUCAAGUCGCAUCUUGAGUUCUGCCCCACUUUUGGCUGGUGGAUCCCAGAAUGAAAAUGCCACGCUACAGACGCUUCCCUGGCAAGAGAGAUACAUGGACAUACAAGUGAUGUUAGACCACUCACCCUGGGCAAUACCCUCUGCAUGUUAAUAAGUCCUACAGACCAACCCUUCCAUGCUACCUCUGCAAGCCAGUCUCACCAACAGUAAAGAGCUUACCUAUACAAUUGUAAAAAGAAUUAAGAUAUUAAUAAAUAGAACAGCAAUAAUUUAAAAUAAAUUAAUAGACAAUCUCAUCUUGUUUUUAAAAAAAGCUUGUACGUUGGGGAUUAAUAUAAAUCAUCUUUGUUGGUUUUUAAUGAUUUGUAUUUAGUUUUACGAUAAAGCAGAAAAAGCCCCUGUUUUUUAGAAGUAAGGUUUAGUGGACAUGUCGAAGCAGAACAAAAUAAGCGUUGCACAGAUAUUUUUCAAUAAUGUAUUUAUUUGUUUAGUCUUGGCAACACAAUUUUUGGAAUCGAUGUGAUGACUUCCUUAAUUAAUUGUCAUUAAAGUAAGAUUGGAGAAAUUUCAUUGGAAAAUAAAGGUUAAUUACUGAG